AUGCUUAUGAACUUUGAAACACGGGAUCAGAUUGAUAAUCCCGGCCCUGUCAACGCGCAAGAGCAGUCCUUGUUCUUCCAAAAGACCAUCCCCGAUGUCCGGCGUCUGAUCUACUUGGAGGCCUUUGGUUCUCGCUCAGUCCAUGUUGUUCCUGGACGGCGAAUAAACGCCCCGAAGUACUUCUUUUACACUUGUCGACAGCCAGACGAUGCGCCGCCUCAUUCCGAAUGCCCAGACGUGGGUGAAGAGAAGCGUAGACUGUCCACUAACCUUCUCUACACUUGCCAGAUGGCAUAUAACGAGGGGGCUACACUGCUGUUCAAAUCCAACAAGUUGCUGUUCUCCGACCAGACCGACUGCUCUUUCUUUUUCCACCUGGUCCCCGACAGCUUCCAAAACUCUGUCCGGAGUCUCGAUGUCUGCGUCCAGUUCCACUACUACGACACUCACCUCAUUCAGCCAAUGUGUGAGGAGCUCUCCAACUGGACGGGAGAUUUCAAGCUGCGCAUGAGAUGGGACAUGAAUCACGUGCGCAGAAAGAAGAGAUACGCCAACUUCAACACGGCGCUGGCUGCCAUUCAGCAGCUGAUGAAGAACCCGAGAGUCCGGCCCAAGUUUUGGGCACCCAAGAUGCUAGAAGACGGGAUGGGGCUGGUCUUGGAAAAAGAGGAUCGCCUUAGGCUGGAGUUUGUUAAGGAUGGGAGCGAGCCUGACCCGAACGACGGAGAGGGGGAUGACGAUGGAGAGGAAGAUGAAGAUGAGGAUGAGGACGAGUACGACCGGGACGAUGACAGUGAAGACUACUCUUAG